AUGAGCGGGGUGCCCAUCGCUGUAGUGACUGGUGCAGGAGGCUUUGUCGCUACAGAGCUUAUCAAGCAGUUACUUUCGAAGGGAUACAAUGUCAGAGGGACAGUCCGGUCCCUCUCUGACACCGGCAAGAUGCAGCACCUCACCAAGCUGGGCAAUGCCUUGCCAGGAAACCUUGAGCUACAGGAAGCAAACCUCUUGCAGGAAGGAUCGUUUGAUGAGGUCGUUCGGGGCAGCACAUUUCUCUUUCAUACAGCAUCUCCCUUCUUCAUCGAGACUCCAGACCCUCAGAAGGACCUGAUAGAUCCCGCUCUGAAGGGAACACAGAACGUGCUGGCAUCAGCUGCAAAGGCAAAGGACACUUUGAAGCGCGUUGUCCUCACCUCUUCUGUAGCAGGUGCUAACUGCACAUAUGCUGCUCCGCCCAAGAAUGGCAGCCUGUACACAGAGGAGGACUGGAAUGAGACAUCUUCACUAGAGAAUGGCCAGGCCUACCAUCUCAGCAAGACUGUGGCUGAGAAGGAGGCCUGGAGGCUGGCAAAGGAGGAGGGCCUGGACCUCGUGGCAGUGCUGCCCAACUUUGUGCUGGGCCCUGUCGUCUCCUCCCGUGCCGAUGGGACUUCAGUGGGCUUCCUGAAGGGAAUCGUUGAGGGCAAGCCUGUGGAGGGAACGCCCCUGAUCUGCGACGUGAGGGACGUGGCCGCGGCGCAUGUGCUGGCAGCAGAGACGCCCAGCGCGUCCGGCCGCUACAUCGUGUCGCAGCGGACGCCUGUCACAGCCACCUACCUGUCCAAAGUGCUCAGGGAGCGCUUCCCACAGUAUGCCAUCCCAGAGGUGCCAGAGCUGGAGUACGAUGUGAAGGAGCGCAUAGACAACAGCAAGGCAGCAAGAGAGCUGGGCCUGAGGCUGACGCCCGAGUCCAGCACUUUCAUCGAUGGCAUUGUCACUCUGAUCCAGCUGGGUGUUGCCCAGCCGCUGCCCAGUGGCGCUCCCCACAGUGAAGGGGCACCUGCCGUUUGA